AUGUUGUCUAGCAAGAGCAAGCUUUGGAUUAUAUUAUUUUUCUGCAUUUUAAACAAUGGUUUUUGUGCCUAUAUAGUUGAUGUCGGGGUUGUUUUCGAUAUGGAAUCAUCGGUCGGGAAAUCUAUUCACGGUUGCAUUAUGAUGGCAUUAUCGGACUUCUAUGCUCGUCAUGGUGAUUACAGGACACGGAUAGUUGUCCACACAAGCGACCAUAAGGGAGACCCUUUACAAGCUAUGUCGAAUGUUGUUGAUCUGCUGAAUACAGUUAAGGUGAAUGCAAUCAUAGGCCCCGAAAUAUACAUCGGGUCAAAACAAUUGGCCUUGGUUGCUGAUAAAGCCACAGUUCCUAUAUAUUCUUUUGCCGGUAGAUCCUUGAUGGAAUACCCUUAUUUGCUUCAAAUUAAAGAAGAUGAUGUUGCUAUGGCCAAAAGCAUUGCUGCCCUUGUCGAAUCAUAUACAUGGAGAGACGUCAUCUUCCUUUAUGAAGACGCUGAUCAGGGGCCGGAGAUGUUACACUAUCUACUUGAAUCUUUCCAAGACAAAAGCAUACGAAUCACUUAUAGGUACUCCAUUUCCAAAUCAGCAACAAAUGAUCAAGUCCUCAAAGAUUUGAAUAAGCUCAUGAAAGUUCAUACAUCAGUAAUCAUUGUACACAUGUCACCUUUGCUAGCAUCUCGCCUUUUUGUUAAUGCAAAGAUUUUAGGAAUGAUGAGUGAAGGAUAUGCAUGGAUUUUAACUCAAAAAACCUCUGAGAGCAUGCAUUCAACGGAAUUUGAAGUACUCGAGUCUGUACAAGGGGCACUUGCUUUUCGGUCUUAUGUUCCAAUGUCAAGGAGGCUGCAUAACUUGGCCAAAAGGUGGCGCAAUGAGUUUUCAGGAGAGGUCCCUCUGGUUGCCAUAUGGGCAUAUGAUACAAUCUGGGCACUUGCAGAGUCUUUCGAGAGGGUUGGACUCCAACGAAAUGGUUAUAUGCUUCUAAAUGAAACUUUGAAGAUCGAAUUGAAGGGUGUAAGUGGCCAGUUUCGACUUAGUCAAAGAAAACUGGUUUCCAAUGGAUUUGAGAUUAUAAAUGCUGUCGAUUAUGGAGAAAGGAAAGUAGGAUAUUGGACUCUGUCAAAUGGAAUUAGACGAGCACAUCUACCCUUCAACAACAAUGUUCUACAUUCUACUAAUUGUUUGGAAGAAGUUAUUUGGCCCAGAGGAUCUAAAACUACUCCUAAAGGUUGGAUCUUGCGGACGAAUCUUGGUAAAAAAUUAAGGAUCGGUGUUCGAACAGGACUAAAGUUUAAAUACUUUGUAGAUGCACAAUAUGAUGCUAAAAAGAACACCACAAAUGCUACCGGAUUUUCUGUUGAUGUUUUCAAUAGUUGCAUUCAUGAAUUAUCAUAUGAAGUGCCCUAUGAGUUAGUCCCAUACGAAAAAGGAAGUUAUGACAUUCUUAUAAAUAAGGUCUAUACUAAGGAACUGGAUGGGGUUCUUGGCGAUUCGACAAUCCUAGCCAAUAGAUCUGCAUAUGUUGACUUCACAGCGACUUAUACUGACGUUGGUAUAGGGACAUUGACAAGAAUAAAAGAAAGGGACUUUUGGAUCUUCCUGGAGCCAUUGGACAAGAAACUAUGGUUAACUUUUGCUGGCUUUGCCAUUCUCACUGGCUUUACAAUCUGGGCUAUUGAAGUUAUGGAUCAAGACUCUGAAAGCUCGUCAUCCCAACAAGUUGGGGCUAUCUUUUGGCUCAUCUUAUUGGCCCUCUUUUCUGCUCAAAGGGAGAAACUGUCAAAUAACCUGUCAAGAUGCAUGCUGUUUCUUUGGUUGAUCGUGGUGCUUGUGUUGAUUACGGGCUAUACAGCAACGCUGACUUCAUUUUUGACAGUUGAACAAUUUGAAUUAGCAUCGAAAGGGGGAACGGUUGGGUUUCAUGGUGGCUCUUUAAUGACCAUCAGCAAUUUGAAAUUUAAAGAUUGUAGGGAAAAGCAAUAUUAUUCGUAUGAUGAUUAUGCUGAUUCACUAUUGAAAGGUGGGAAGCAUGGUGGUGCUGAUGCCAUUGUUGAUGAAAUUCCCUACAUCAAGAUGUUUCUUGCUAGGUACUCGGCAGAGGACUAUGCCAUGGUGUCAUCUCAGCCUGUUUCCUCUGGUUUUGGCUUUAUAUUUGCAAAAGGUUCACCGUUGGUAGCGGAUAUGUCGAGAGAGAUUGCUAAAUUAAGAGAGAACGGGACUCUGAUAAACUUAGAGAAGAAGUGGUUUGUAAAUGAGAAUUCUUUAUUGAACAAAGAUUCUUUCACAGAACCCAAACCUUUAAACCUUAUCAGAUUUGGAGGUCUCUUUAUUGUUAUUGGGAUCUCUUCAGCUUUAGCCCUUAUCAUCUCAAUUGGCUACAAGGUUCGUGCGAAGAUGGAAGUCGAGAGUAUUAUUUCAUUUCUAGCUGGACGAAAAUUAAUGACCACGAUUAGAUAUCUGUUAUAUAGAAAUAUUACAUGAUAGUAACUAGGAAUGCAAGUCAGAUAUAUCAUAAUGUAAAACCUAUACAUAAGCUUUGGCAUGUAUAGAUAUCCUAGAAUUCAUUUUUUGUAAUGUAAAAACGAUGAGUAUGCAAUUCAAAAAAUUUACUUAACAUAUAGUAAAGCAUAA